AUGGUUAGUGGGGUUAGGCAGUUAAAUGUUGAAGGGGGAGGGAAAAUGAUGCUGUGUAAAAAGAGGAUUAAUAAUUUGGAAGAUGGGAUCAGUCAAUUACCCAAUGAUAUUCUUAUUCGCAUCCUGUCUCACUUGACAAUGAAAGAGGCAGCAAGAACUAGUCUACUCUCAAGUAGAUGGAAAGAGUUGUGGACAUAUUCAACUGGUGCUUUAGAUUUUGAUGCUUUGAAGGUGUUGCGGAAAGUUAAAGAAAAUCCGGAGCUGUUAGAAGUGGAGAGGUCUAACUACGCGAGUUUGGUGAAUGGGGUCUUGAACUCACACAAGGGUGCAACCAUUGAUGACCUCCGAGUUCAUUUUGAUUUGGAUUCUAGUUUCACAUCUGAUAUUGAUAAUUGGCUGUCUUGCUAUAUCUCUCAGCUGUUUCAGCUAUCUAGCUAUAUCUCUCAGCUGCAGACACUUGAAUUGCACUUGACGCAUCAGGCAUUUGAUGACUUCCCCAAAUUUCCUAAAUUAAGGAAUCUAAAGCAAUUAAGAUUGAGAGUGAAAGCAUUUCUUAGCUUCCUUCCUUGCAUUUCCCUGAUAGAGGCAUCUCCUUGUUUGUAUAGAUUUUCUAUUGAGUGCUUGAUUAGGAUAAGCAGCCUUGCAGCUUUAAGUAGUGUUGAUUUGGCCUCAGGGUUCAUGGUUUUGGAUUCGUAUAAUGAGCUUUUGCAAGAAAAGUUUGUUGAAAGGCCGGAGAAAUGUCUGCAUAAAUGUCUGCUUAAAUGUCCCAAGGUGGUCGAAUUCAUUGGAUUUGCUGGCCGUGAGAUUGAUGUUGAGUUUGCCAUGUACUUACUUGAAAAUGUUGUGUCGCUAGAGAAGAUUACCAUUGAUACUUGCCGACCAUAUAAGUUACCCCCCGAAUUUGUAAGACCCCAAAGGAAGGAAUUUGAGGGUCAAGUAGAAGCGAAAAUGUGUGCUAUCGAGCUGCAAACAAAAUUGCCUUCAGGGGUUGAACUAAUUGUACUAUGA